UUCUUUGUGUCUUCCGUUUCCGGCGGACUUGUUGCCGUGGUAACCAGCGCGCACCACCACCGCGGCGGUUAUGGCCGGGCUGAGCGGCGCGCAGAUCCCGGAUGGGGAGUUCACCGCCGUCGUGUACCGCCUCAUCCGCGAUUCCCGCUACGCCGAGGCGGUGCAGCUGCUGGGCGGCGAGCUCCAGCGGAGCCCGAGGAGCCGCGCCGGCCUGUCGCUGCUGGGCUACUGCUACUACCGCCUGCAGGAGUUCGCGCUGGCCGCCGAGUGCUAUGAGCAGCUGGGCCAGCUGCACCCCGAACUGGAGCAGUACCGCCUGUACCAGGCCCAGGCCCUGUACAAGGCCUGCCUUUACCCAGAGGCUACCCGCGUGGCCUUCCUCCUGCUGGACAACCCCGCCUACCACAGCCGGGUCCUCCGUCUGCAAGCCGCGAUCAAGUACAGCGAGGGCGACCUGCCAGGGGCCAAGAGCCUGGUGGAGCAGCUGCUGAGUGGGGAAGGGGGAGAGGACGGUGGGGGCGAGAACGAGCCCGACGGCCAGGUCAACCUGGGUUGUUUGCUCUACAAGGAGGGCCAGUAUGAAGCCGCGUGCUCCAAGUUCUUGGCGGCCCUCCAGGCUUCGGGCUACCGGCCUGACCUUUCCUACAACCUGGCUUUGGCCUAUUACAGCCGCCGGCACUAUGCCCCGGCGCUCAAGUACAUCGCCGACAUCAUUGAGCGUGGCAUCCGCCAGCACCCGGAGCUAGGUGUGGGCAUGACCACGGAGGGCAUUGAUGUUCGAAGCGUUGGCAACACCUUAGUCCUUCACCAGACUGCCCUGGUGGAAGCCUUCAACCUCAAGGCAGCCAUCGAGUACCAACUGAGAAACUAUGAGGCGGCCCAGGAAGCCCUCACUGACAUGCCACCUCGGGCAGAAGAAGAGUUAGACCCCGUGACCCUGCACAACCAGGCGCUCAUGAACAUGGACGCCAGGCCUACGGAGGGGUUUGAAAAGCUACAAUUUUUGCUCCAGCAGAACCCCUUUCCCCCAGAGACCUUUGGCAACCUGCUGUUGCUCUACUGUAAGUAUGAGUAUUUUGACCUGGCAGCCGAUGUCCUGGCAGAGAAUGCCCAUUUGACCUACAGGUUGCUCACACCCUAUCUCUAUGACUUCCUGGAUGCCAUGAUCACUUGCCAGACAGCCCCUGAGGAGGCUUUCAUUAAGCUUGAUGGACUAGCAGGGAUGCUGACUGAACAGCUCCGGAGACUCACCAUACAAGUUCAGGAAGCAAGACACAGUAGGGACGAUGAAGCUGUCAAAAAGGCAGUGAAUGAGUAUGAUGACACUCUGGAGAAGUAUAUUCCCGUGUUGAUGGCCCAGGCAAAGAUCUACUGGAACCUGGAGAAUUAUCCAGUGGUGGAAAAGAUCUUCCGCAAAUCUGUGGAAUUCUGUAAUGACCAUGAUGUGUGGAAGCUGAAUGUGGCUCACGUCCUGUUCAUGCAGGAAAACAAAUACAAAGAAGCUAUCGGUUUCUAUGAACCCAUAGUCAAGAAGCAUUAUGACAACAUCCUGAACGUCAGUGCUAUUGUGCUGGCUAAUCUGUGUGUUUCAUACAUUAUGACAAGUCAGAAUGAAGAAGCUGAGGAGUUGAUGAGAAAGAUCGAAAAGGAGGAAGAGCAGCUGUCCUAUGAUGACCCAGAUAAGAAAAUCUACCACCUCUGCAUUGUGAAUUUGGUGAUAGGGACCCUCUAUGGUGCAAAAGGAAAUUAUGACUUUGGUAUUUCUCGGGUUAUCAAAAGCCUGGAACCUUACCAUAAGAAACUGGGAGCUGAUACCUGGUAUUAUGCCAAAAGAUGUUUCCUGUCCUUAUUAGAAAACAUGUCAAAACACAUGAUUGUGCUUCUUGACAGUGUUAUUCAAGAAUGUGUCCAGUUUCUACAACAAUGUGAACUUUAUGGCAGGAACAUACCUGCCGUUACUGAACAACCCCUGGAAGAAGAAAGAAUGCAUACUGGAAAGAAUACAGUCACCUAUGAAUCCAGACAGUUAAAAGCUUUGAUUUACGGAGGGGGAGACAAACCAUGAGAGACUAUGGACUCUGAAAAACAAACUGAGGGUUCUAGA